GACUGCGGUGCCAGUGCCAAUGCCUGCGGUGGAUGAAUCGGUGGAUGAAUCCCUGCAGUGCCAGUGAGUGGUCCUCUCUGCGCUCUGCUGGCUGCUGCUGGCCCGCUGGCUUUUUUCUGCUGCACCACUUCCGCUUCUGCCUUUUUGCUCUAAUGCAGCGACCUGCACACCCUCCCUCCUCCCGCUCGGCUAGGUUGCGCACCGUCGUCCUUCUUGCAUUCCUGCAUCCUGCUUCAAACUGAACCUCACUACUUGCCUCUGGCCUCCAGAUCUCCAUUGACACUUUUUGUGCAUCCAUAGUCGCCUUGUCCUGUGGUCACCAGUCAGUCAUGGCCUAAUAGCGCGUCCUCCCGCUGUUGAGUUCAUGUCGAUUGAAGAGCCUUUCCAGCUGUUCGUUGGUGACCGACCGACGAUUUCCUGUGUGGCUUCUUCCCCGCGGCACGCUCAAUAGAGGUUGACCAUUGAGGGCCGUCGCCAGUUCUGACAAAAGGGCGACUCUUGGUGCCUCUACGAGUCUGUACAGCUGUACAGUCUGCCUGCGACGCUGUUUCUUCAUUGAAAGGCGGAAUACCUGGCUCGACGUCUGACUGGCUUGUAAAAGGCCGGACGGAACGAUAAGGCUACGGUUGACAGGCAUCAGAGUUUGAUCGUUGUAUUUUAACAGUCGACGCGGCUGUUUCCCGAAUUCAAACUCUGCGUUGUGGAAGACCGAUCACCGGCGGUGGAACGCCCACUUGAUCUCAUCUGUUCGACUACCGUCCGCACUUCGAUUAAGAGGAGGGAUAAAUUUGGUGUCGAUCCGUAUACGUCUGCCAUUGGUCUCAUCAGGCUUGGGUCUCGUCCUGGAGUAAGAGAUAUAAUUGAAGCGCACCGUCAGGCUCUCAGAGGGUGGCCCUUGUGUCCUUUCUUUGUAUCAAGCCUUGCGAAGAAGAAAAGUGGUUAAGCUGUCCGCUUGCCACAGGCCCAAACCAAAAUGAACCAAACUCAAUCGUAUAUGGACAUGCAUUCUGCCUCGCACAUGUCUUCCGGGCCGUCAUAUUCACAUCCCGCAGGCACUGCUCCUUUGGGUCACUACCAGCAAUAUCAGCAGCCUCCGAUUAUUCCCCCUGCGUCGACGCAUUACGGCCCUCCACAGGCGUAUGGCAAUUAUGGCUAUGCCAAUGGAGUGACAUCGCCGCAGUCUGCUGCUGGCCAUGUAUCGCAGCAGGUGCAGUCGCAGAUGCCGUCCCUUCCAGCCAUGAUGCCAGGGCCUAGCCCUCAACAGACUUACGUGCCACAAACCUCUAGUUUGCCUGCUCCUGCUCAGGGAUACCCCCCGGCCCCGCCAAUUCCAUUCGACACGACUGGCCAGAUUGCUCCACCUGGAAUGAAGCCUAGGGUGACAGCGACACUGUGGGAGGAUGAAGGAAGUCUUUGCUUUCAAGUCGAAGCGAAGGGAGUCUGCGUGGCUCGUCGUGAAGAUAACCACUUCAUCAACGGGACAAAGCUCCUAAAUGUUGCUGGCAUGACUCGUGGUCGCCGUGAUGGCAUACUGAAAUCAGAGAAGACGCGACACGUCGUCAAGAUCGGUCCAAUGCAUCUCAAAGGUGUUUGGAUCCCUUUUGAGCGUGCGCUGGAAUUCGCAAAUAAGGAGAAGAUUACCGAUCUUCUAUAUCCUUUGUUCGUGCACAACAUUGGUGGCCUGUUGUAUAACCCGGAGAACGCGCCUAGAACAAAUGCAGUUGUGCAAGCAACCGAGCGCCGUCGUAUGGACAGCAUUGAUGCGCCACGGUCUUCGCAGCCUUCACAGACACCAUCCCUCCCACUUCAUAGUACAAUGUCUGGCAGUGGCCAAGCUCCUCCGACGCCUCACUCGGUCGCGCAACACGCCAAUACGCAACGCCCCGGCAUCGACAGGGCUCACACUUUUCCUACGCCUCCCACGAGUGCUUCCAGUGUCAUGGGUAUGACCAACCAAGGCAGUUCAUACGACUGGAACAACCAGGGCUUGGCAAAUGGGCCGGCCGGCACGCAACCUUUGUCUAUCGACACCGGUGGGAUCAACGCAAGGUCCAUGCCGACAACGCCUGCCACCACUCCGCCAGGUACUGCCGGACAAGGAAUGCAUCCUUAUCAGUCGCAGUCGAGUUACGACAACUCGAAGCAUUAUUACAGUACCACGCCGAGUUCUCAAACUGGUUAUGCACAGCACCCCGAUGGGAGUCGAUACGGCCAGCACAUGCAAGCCGUUGGGUACGGGAAGAGUGAUAUGGGGCCUCCCAUAGCACCGGGGAGCGGUAGCGGCGGCGGGGACGGCCACGACCACAAAACUGACACGUACCCUGGCCAAAAUCAUAGCUCUCAACAUGAGGGCGAUCAUACGGACGGCGGUUACAUGAAUGCAAACGCCUCCGCCUACAAUGCAAACCGUGGACAUUAUGCAUACGGCGCACCAGGUGACCAUUCUCACUUGUCUCCUGAACAAAUGUCCGGUUCUCCGACCCAUCAAGCUGGAUCUGGUCACGCCACGCCACGAACCAUGCCUUCCGGUCAACCACAGUGGACGCCGGAUUAUCAUACUCCGCCGAACCGGGCACCUCCGUCGAGCAAUGUUUAUAACAUCAUGGGUCGUGCUCGAACCCCACAAGGAGGCUCUGCCGAUGGGUAUGGCAAUUCGACAUAUUCCAGCGGAGGCCAUGCGGGGGCCAUGUCAUCUGCCAAACGCGGACGAGAGGACGACGAUCAAGAUCGACCAAGCAGUCGAGAUUAUGACGGUUAUGACUCCAAGCGACGUAAGAUGGGACGACAAGAGACAUUUGGAAUGCCUCUCAAUCCACCUCCACAUAUGCAAGCGAUCAAAUCCGGCGGACAGCGCUGAUUGCCGUUACUUGUCUCUUUUGGGACAGGGUCGGUUCGCGGACGCGUAUGCCCGGGCAUGACAACUGGAUAAAUGGCUUGCAGAACGAAUGAUAAGCUCUGAUUCCGAGAUGACGCGAAGUCACGACAGAUCCGAAAAGCGAUUACGAUAUUACGAACGGCUACAGCCAAAAAGAGAUCAAAGACUAACGAACUCAAUAAGCAUGCGUUUAUUGCUGCCUCGAAAUUUUAACGACUUACGACACGAUUUUCUUUUAUUGUCUUGCAGAUGGCGAGAUGUGACGACUGCCUUUCCGCUCAUGGCCUUUCUUCGACUGGCCAGUGGUUGGUUUAGAUGUGCUGCUUGCUGGUUUGUCUUUUUCUGUGUAUGAGGGAAUGAUAUACGUCUGGAUGGAUCAUGAUUGAGACUUGAAGGAUACGAAUGCCACGGCGCUUUUCUAGAUGUGUUCCUGGCUUCACUGCAAGGCGGGCCGAUCGAGUUCUGCAGCGACACUGCGCUCAAGCUGGACUGCCUUGAUCCCUUUGCUCCGAACCUCGCCUCCUGUAGUGCGUUGUGUUCGGAAUGAAGGGGCUGGCUUGCAGGGCCAGUACAUUAGCCAACAAGGAGCCGUCUAGAGAAAGAGGUGGCUCUCGCAUCCUCCUGAGGCAAUCUCGCGAUGACAUGUCAAAUACAAUAAAAGUCUAUUUGUAAUCAUUCAUGAACCUUUUCGAGUUCGAGUUCUUCGACCUCGAUUUCGGGCUGUCGGUGUUCAGAUCUGCCCUCAGCUUGAUCAAAGGAAAGAUGUUCUGAUCCUUGUAGGCUACCGACGGCUUUUCGAGACAAAACGACACGAUGGAACAUGAACAGCGGAGCCAUAAAGGUAGGUCCCCAUGUCCCAAUGUCAUGUCCUAUUCG